AUGGACGCUCAGGAAUUCCGCGAGGCUGCCAAGGCUGCUAUUGAUGAGAUAACCGAUUAUACCGAGAACGUCGCAGACCAUCGCGUCGUCUCAAAUGUCAAACCAGGCUAUCUCCGUCCUCUCCUCCCCUCCGCACCCCCAAUGGACCCUGAGCCCUGGUCCGCCAUCCACGAUGACAUCCAGUCCAAGAUCUUCCCUGGUAUAACCCACUGGUCAAGCCCUCGCUUCAUGGCCUUCUUUCCCUGCUCCAGCAGCUAUCCUGCUGCUCUGGCAGAGAUGUACUCCAACUGUUUCAACGGCGCCCACUUCAACUGGAUCUGCAGUCCUGCAGUCACUGAGCUUGAGACCAUCGUCAUGGAUUGGCUUGCGCAGGCGAUGGGACUGCCUGAGUGUUAUCUCAGUGGCGGAUCGACGCAUGGUGGUGGUGUUAUUCACGGAAGUGCUAGUGAAGCUAUUCUUACCAACAUGUGUGCUGCCAGGGAGAAGUAUCUUGCUGCUGUGACGGCUCAUCUUCCUGACGAUAGUGAGGAGAAGGAGGAUGCUCUUUGGAACCAUCGCAGCAAGCUUGUUGCUCUGGGAAGUUCGGGCACUCACUCGAGUACCAAGAAGGCCGCUCAAGUUCUUGGUAUUCGAUUCGCUACUGUUCCUGUCUUUGAGGCCGAUGGCUUUGCACUCAAGGGUAAGACUCUGGCUCUUACGAUCGCGAACCUCCGAGAACGUGGCCUCGAGCCCUUCUUCCUGACUGCCACACUCGGAACUACUGAUGUCUGCGCUGUCGAUGACUUCGAGGGUAUUGUCCAGGCUCUUAAGCCAACCUUCGAUACACCACAGGAUAUCUGGGUUCACGUCGAUGCCGCCUACGCAGGCUCAGCUCUCGUCCUCGACGAGAACCACCAUCUACCCAAGGCCUUUUCGUCUUUCCACUCUUUCAGCUUCAACCCUCAUAAGUGGCUUCUCACCACCUUCGACUGCUCUGCCGUCUGGGUCCGUAAGCGAGCCUGGCUCAUCCAAGCUCUCAGCAUCAAGCCCCCUUACCUCCGCAACCAAUUCAGCGACGACGAGCUGGUAACCGACUACCGUGACUGGCAAAUCCCUCUCGGUCGACGAUUCCGCUCUUUGAAGCUCUGGUUUGUCAUGCGCAGCUUCGGUAUCAGCGGUCUUCAGAAGCAUAUCCGCUCCGGCGUCGAGCUUGGUGAAAGUCUUCAGACCAAACUUGCCUCUCGCGAUGACAUCUUCACCAUCUUCACGCCCGCGCGAUUCGGCCUCAUUACUUUGCGAGUCAAUGGUGCGGAUGAAAAGGAGAUCAACGAUCGUACUGAGGCGGUGUAUGAAACUAUCAAUGCAGCGGGAGAGUACUAUCUUACUGCUACUGUUGUGAAUGACAAGUUUGCUAUCCGUGUGUGUACGGGUGUGACCAAGGUGGAGGAAGAACAUGUGCAGCGCAUGUUUGACAUUUUGGUUGAGACUGCGGAGGCUGAGAUUGCUAAGAAGGCAUAG